AUGACGGGAUCUAACACUGAUUUAAAUUGGUCUACUGAUAUAUUUGUGGAUUGCUACAAUUCAAUUAAAUAUCAAGAUCAACUAAACCUCUACUUGUUAAAUAAUAUAAGGAAUGAUUUAUUCCAUAUAUUGAAUAUACCUUCGAAGAGUGAUAUAUCUAGAAACAAAUUGAUUGAUGAAUCAAAUCCAGUAAAGUUUAGUAAUGGCGACGAGUUCAGAUUAAAUAAAGAAUUUAUUGAAUCAUCGAUUUACUUGUCUACAGAACUAAAUAUCGAUGAAGUGUUAACGGCCGAGCUAUUAUAUAAGUCCACUAAAUUAAGUUACGAAAAAGGGACAACAUUCAUUGAUAGUGGGAGGUUGGCAUAUUUCACCCGUUUGCAAUUAAUAUUGAAUAUAUUGGGCUAUUUGAUCUCUAGUAAGAAUUUGCACUUAGUUGUAAAUGAGAACUAUGAUGAAUUCUUUAGCAAUCUAUUAAUGAGUCUUCAAAAGGUAUAUGAAAUUCUAGAAAGAAUAAAUGACUUAAUUGAUAAACAGAAAGUAACUGAUGAUAUAAAUAACUUAUCGUUUAUUAACACCAUAAAUUACAUUAAGUCCCAAUUAUUUAAUAGUCAUGAAGUUUUAGGACAAAUAUAUUUUAGUUUGGUGGAUACUUAUUUCGAACAGUUUGGAACAUUAAAGUAUUAUGAGAAGAUUGUCGAUCAUAUUAGCAAAACUAUACAUGAUAAUGAUAUCCUUAUUGUUCAUUAUUUGCCAGGUUUAUUGAGGUUCAUUACAAACUUGUCUGAGAUGCCAGAGCUGGAAGUUUUCCAGUUUCAUAAGCAAGUUGUAACAAGAUUGAGCAGCGAAUAUGAUAAAGUUGUGUCAGAGGAAUCUGUAGAUUUAUCAAAAUCUAAUUUAAAGGGAUUCGAAAUGGUUUUGAAUUUCAUGAUGUUGACUUGUUUCAUUCCAUGGUGUAAACAAUCAGAAUCACGCACCAAUUCGAUUGAUUUCAAGGACGAUAUUUUAAGAUAUAUUGAAAUGUGUAUAAGUUGUGGGGUUACAGAAGUAUUGUUAUGUUAUGCAGCUGACACUUCCAAUUAUAAAACAACAGAAUUAUUGGAUUGGAGUAAUUUGUACGAUUUUAGAUCGUUACUACAAACGAAUUUUCCUCGUCUAAGUCCUGCUAAAUUUAUCUAUACUAAUUCUGACGAUUUAAUUAAUUUGGUGAAUUUGAAGCCACAGGAAUUUGAAAAUAUAAACAAAUUACUCGAUGUUUCAAAUUAUAAAGUAUCUGAAGAUUUUAACCAAAAUUUGUUAGCCCCAUUUUUCCACAUUUUCUUUAAUAAUUUUAUAAGUAAUGCCGCAAUUAUACUAACGCUGUUAAGAGAUAACGAAGAAGAUUUUCUAUUAUCAUCAAUCAAUAAAAAACAAUUAGAAAAUGAUGAAAAGAUUUCAAAAGGCGAUGAAGGUAUUGAUAACGAUAAGGAUAGUGAUAGGAAUGACACUAAAAAAUUUUCGCCCAUUAAAUCAAAUGGUAAUGACCAGGGUAUUGAUUUAGAUGAAAUUGCAACUCGAUCUGACUUAGAACGAUUCUAUUUGGCAUUUGUAUACACCUAUAAUAAUAGACAAGAAUUGUGCUCAUUAUUUUGGUCUAACGAUGAAAUAACAAAUGAUAUAAUAGGGUUUGUUACUUGGGGAUUGAGCAACAAUACUUCUCCAUUAAUUUCUGCGACAUUUUGUUUAUUAUUAGGAUCACUAACAUCAAGUGGCGAUGAGGCUGCUAUUAAAAUAUGGGAGAUUUUAGUUAAUAACAAUGGUUCAGCAACCAAUGCUAGCGGUACUUUGAAAAAAAGUGAUUUCUCUAAAAUAUCAAUUGAUUCCAUUAUUGACUCGUUAAAUUAUUAUAUCGAAUCCUUGAAUGAAAACUUUGAACAGGAUUUGAAUUAUCAAGCUAAACUACAACAAAAAAGGCAAGAAUUCUUAUUUUCUUCGUCGUUCAAUAAUACAGAUAACACUAAUGAAUCAGACAAUAAUCCAUUAAAUAAGGUGUUAAUUGAAUUAUCUGAGGAUUCAGUGGUUUUCAUUUCGGGGUUCAUGCAAUUAAUUUCCUCGAUUGUUGGAAAUUUAUCUUCAUCAAAUGAAAGAUCCAAGGAAAUCAAGAAUAUAGCUUUUACUAGAUUCAGUCCUAUAAUCUGUUCAUUUUUGAAAUUUGAUAAUAUAAUCACUGUUACAAGAAGUAUUCAGUCAAGUAAUAAUUCGUUUUCAGUGUCCAAUGGCUCUAACAAUUCUAAAACAACAGAUUCUCUAAAUGUUUUAGUUAAUGACGAUAAUAGAGUCAUUCUUGUUAACCUAUUGCUAAACUUAUUGACCGAUUUUGUCAAUAAUGAGGAAAAUUUAACAAUAAAGUAUAAAGUUUGGAAUAUAAUCGACCGCUGGAUAUCGCAAAGUAUGAACGAAGGUGAUUCAACGAAGACUAACAAUAGUAAAUAUGGUGGCGGUAAUUUGAUUAACUUAUCGAGUUCACUAAACGGUAUGUCAAAUAAUAUACAAUCUCAAUCGAGAUUAAAAUAUCCAAAUAAACGCACUGUUACUAUGAGAAAAGGGUUUCAGUUUUGUUUGACUCGUCUCUCUCUCGUUGGAAAUUUCACGAAAUUAAUAGGCCAUCUAUUAAAGCCACUCGAAACAGAAUCUCAAAAGGCAUUCACGUCUUAUAAAUUACUAUAUCCCGCUGAUUUGGGAGCCGGAUAUCGUUAUAAUAAUCAGAUCGGUAUUUGGCCUUAUGUCGAAUAUUUAUUGUUUGAGGUUUUUUCAAAGUCAGAUGAUUUGCCUAAUAAAAAUGAUCAAUAUAACUUGCAAUUAUCAUUGAUUAGUUUAAUUGAAAGUUCACUAAGCGAAAUAGAUUGGGUUUUCCUAAAUGAUGUUGCUCCUAAUAUAAUUAACAACUUGAAAAAUUUAGAUAACAUAGUUGACUCCUUGUCUCCAAGCAAUCCAAUUACCUAUCAAUUAUUCAUUAAAUUACACCAUUCUUUAGCUGUAUUGAAUUAUUUAUUUGAUGAAAAAGUUUACAAGUCACUUUUCAAUAUUAUAAGUAUUGGAACGGAAUCGAUCAACGAGAACGAAGGCUUAAGUAUAUUGGUUGAUAAAUGUUUGACAAUUCUUGAUAAGGUAUUGGAAGUACAAGAUACAUUUAUUCAUAGAUUAUUACCUAUUUUAAAAAGUGAAAAGAUUCAAUCAUUUAGUGGCUCCAGUUCGGCAGGCUUCGGUACAAGUAUGAGUUUGGCAUUAUCUUCGCCCAAAAGCGUUUAUGAUAAUAUUUAUUAUCCUAAGAGUAUUGGCACGAAUGGAAUAUCGGACUUCUACGAAAUAUUUCUAUUCAAUCUAGCAACUAUAGCCCAUUUUGCAUUAUAUGUUAGUUCACCUCAGUUAAGCAUUGCACACUCAGCUAUAAAAAUUUUACAUAAAAUAAGUUUGUCGCCAUUUUUUAUUGCCAAAGUGGAGCAUAAUUCUGUUGACCCAUUGUUAAAUAAAAAUAGGUUAUUAACAGUCUUUGAAAGUAUCGAUGAGUCUGUUAAAAUACAAUUUUCAUUUAUUCAGCAAAUAGAGAGAUAUAUUGAAGAUUACAAUGAUUUACAAGUUAAGUUUAGUAUAUUACAAUUUUUGAUUGAUAACCUACAGCAAUCUAUUGGAGAACCGGGAGUAUCACACUUCUUAUUGGGUUAUGAAAUACGGGGUGGUAAUUUGUUUUUGAAUGAUUCAAGGUCAAAAAAUACAUUAUUAAAAUCAUUACUUAAAUCUUUAAGUUCAAGCUUAGAUUUAAUUUCUGAAAUUGAUUAUAAUAAUGGGAACAUUCAUAUUAUCGAUGCGGCCCCUGCUGAAUUAUCAUCGAAGAUCCUAGAAAUUUUUGUUAAGCUAUGCCAUGAUCCAAUUUCUUCCAAUAUCACAUUGAAUUAUUUGCGGAAUUACAACUUAGAAUCAAAUGAUUUGUUUGCUAAAUUGAUUGAUUGCCAGCCUAAAAUAGAUCCAAAUACGAUAUGGUCUAAUGCUAAGUUUCAAGGAGAUUUACAAGAUGGUAAAAUGAAUAGUUUUGUUCAAGAUUCAUUGGCUCCUAGGGCAUUGCUUUCCUUCAUUAACCAUAGAAAUUUAAUCUUGCAGUAUUUAUCAUUAGAAUUUCUUAAUAUCUCUCAACAGAGAGCAAUUAUUAAAAAGGAUUCUUAUAUCGACUUGUUGCUAAAUGGUAAUGAGUUCUUAAACGGGUCCCCCAAAAUCUUGAACUUUCUCGAUGUUUUGAAUUUCAAAUUUUUUAAUUUUGAGAUCCAUAAAUAUGAGCUUUUUAAUGGGAAAUACAAUUUACCAUUGAUAUUAGAACAAAUGACCAAGAAUAAGUUACUGACGCACGUAUUAGAUACAUCAGUUCUUGAAAAUCUUUAUAAAAUUAUUUGUAAAAAUGCAAAUGGCCAAUUACAAAACAAAGAAUCAAAAAUUUCGUUCUCGCAAGAAGUUAUGGAUGAAGGUUCCAAAAUUACCGAAUUUUUGACGAAAUAUAUAAUCUCCAUUGAAUUAAAGAAUGUUCAACUAUCGUGUUUACAUUCGUGGACGCAAUUGAUCCAAGUCUUAGUUAGUGAUGGAGAUAUGUCAUUAACCAGGAAAUCAAACCUAAUUUUGGAAAUUUUUCAAAUCAUAUUGCCAAAGAUCAACGAUUAUUUGGGCCAAGACAUUUCAUUUUCCGAGGAAUUUAUUUCAUUAUGUGUCUUAUUAUUUGAUUUAUACGAACAAGAAAGUUCGUCGGUAACACAAGAAAAUGAUAAAGUAUCUUUAUAUAUCGAUAGAUUGAUACCAUUAUUUAAAACCUGUAUUAAUGGAAUAAUGAGCUCAAAUUCGACACCUGAUUUGAGGUCUGAUUUAUAUGUUUUGGUGAACAAGUUCUUGCAAAAAUCAUUUAAAAAUAGUGAUUUAAUAAAGCAAAUAAUAAUAAUAAUUAAGCUGAUUGAUUCGAAAUUUAUUGAUAUUAUUAGUAAUGAUUCGAUUUGUGCUGAAGGCGCUCCGAGAAUUACUUCAUUAUUAUUAUUGGAAUCAUUGAUACACUUAUCAUCAAGCAAUAAGGUUAAUUUUAUAUUAGAAUUGAUGAUCAAGAAUAAUUCGUUAUCCUUACUUGUGAGGUCAAUAAAAAGAACUGAUGAGAUGCUUUCUCAUUAUUCUGAAUCUAGUUCACUGAAAAAUGGAAUUGAUACGUUGUUGUAUGAAUUAACUGCGUUUAAAUCUACAUUGUAUUUCUUAAUAAGAAUUGCUCAAACUAGGCUUGGAUCGUCACAGCUCAUUCAAAACGAAAUCUUUUCCAUUAUCAAGCAAUGUAAGUUUUUGUCAAUUGAUCCUGAUUUGGGCUUAGAUUUGAAGAUCAAUGAAUUGGGUGGUAAUAAUAAAUCUAUUUACAUUAGUUUAUCGCUCGAUACUCCAAUUUCAUUGAUAGACGUGAACAAACAUCAUACGUCUGAGAAGGACAACAAAAUUUCGUUUUUUGAAUUCUUAGUUCCAAUCUUUCAAUUAAUCUCUGCUGUCUUAUUAUCAAUGGGACCAUCAUAUAAACCUAGCAUAAUACAAGCAAAGGACUUAUUGCAUCAUUUCGAUAGAUUGGUUGUUGGUGUGAUGAAGAGAGAUGUAUUAAUUGAAAACAAACAGAUACAGUCCGGGAAAUAUCAAGAGGAUUCAAUUUCAUUCGUGGGCUUGAAGGAUUUGGUUCAAUUGAUUGUAUUAUUGGAUUCUUUAGUCAAUUAUGAAUCAAACGAUAAAAACUAG